GCCAGUGUUCACAUCCCCUCUUCGUUUAAACCAUGUUGUUCAGCUCCUCAUCUCCAUCAUCGGAAUCAUCAGAAUCAUCGCAGUAUCUUUCCUGCACGUCCUGGAAGAUCGUCGUCAUGACGAAACAGACCACCCGAUCCAACAGCGCCCGCUGUAUUCUCCUCAUCGUCGUCGGCCAUAUAGUGAUCAAAGUAGUCAUCUAUGAUGGCUUCUUCCGUGUUGAAACGUUUAUCGAGCAACUGAACGCCGAGCAUAAAUUACGGGAGCAAAGGUAUAGAACGCCAGAUCAUAAGAAGCAUUCACCAUUUAUGGCCUGUCACUCUGUUAUGUUUAUGCAGGGCGUAGUUAUUUUAUUACAGCUACAGGACGAAAGUGACGAUGUGUUACAAUGGCGAAAGAUAAAAAAAAAUGCAAGGAGAAUGUGGCAGACGGAUUGUGAGAUAGCAAAAAUGGUCGUGUUCUUUCUAUCUUCAUGCUUUGGACCGUCCCUUAGUGCUUCGCUUGAUGUUGCGCUUAGUCUUAUCAAAAGCUGUUUUGCCCUUGCGCCUCUUGAGUGAAUCCGAAAAGAGUCCAUCAAAGGGCUCGCUUCUAUCGCCGUACGAUCUCUUGCGGCUCCCUGAACCCCCAUCCUGAUCGCCGUUAUCGUCGUCGUCACUCUCACGCGACAUCGCAGACUGCUUACGCUCAUUGCGACGCGCAAGAA